AGAAGACACAGCUGCAGACGUAUAUUAGAGUUGAGGUUAGAAUUUGAAGUUACUGUAUUUCAUCACAAGUGUGUUAAGAUGUCAGAGGGAGUCUAUGAAAACUCAGAUGGAUUUGAAGACGAUGAGCCUGAUGUAAUGAAGAACACAGACAUUGAUGGCCAAUUAUAUGGCAACGUAGGAGCCUUCAAACCCAGUCCAAGAGAUGGAGUUGUUGUUUCAGUGCAUUUUCAGUGGUGGAAGAGACCCUCUGGAGUUGCUGCAGUGUGUCUGGGGCUGCUGUGUGUUCUCCUAUUGGCUGGGAUAAUAGGCCUGUCUGUCUACUAUGAAGUCAUUGGUCAUCACUACGCAACAGAGAGAGACCAGCUACAGGCCAGUUACAACACCCUGACCAAAGAGAGAGACCAGCUACAGACCAGUUACAACAACAUGACUGAAGAGAGAAACCAGCUACAGACCAGUUACAACACCCUGACCAAAGAGAGCGACCAGCUACAGAUGAGUUACAACACCAUGACUGAAGAGAGAGACCAGCUACAGACCAGGGUUCGGUUCUAUGAGAAACCCUGUCUAGCUGGAUGGUGGAAGUUUGGCACCAGCUGUUAUUAUGUCUCCCCUACGAUGAACACAGCUGGGGGUGGUCAGAGGGAGUGCAGAACAAUGGGAGGAGAGAUGGUUGUUAUAAACAGCAGAGAAGAACAG